AUGCCCUACUCAUUUGACUGGGUUUGCAAGGACGUCGUCAAAAAACUCCAAGGAAAAGAUUUGAGUCCCGUCACCCGUCUGUCAGAUGCAAUGAAGUUCCGGCAGUUUGCGAUACUGCAGAGGACUCCUCAGUCCCUGUUUUGGAAAUCUGAAGAUACUCCAGUUGGAUAUUCCCUCCUGCAGAUCUUAGAGCCAAAUCUUCCAGUGCCAGAUCCUGAGGUAUCGGCUCCCAUCCCCCUCAAACACACUGUGUCCCAGAAACUGAAGGCUAACACGGGUGUCAACGCCAUCGCAGAAGGAAGUGUGUCAGCAGCUUAUGUUAAGUCCUGUGGAUAUGAAAUUGAGGUCCGGUGUAUCAGCAUCCCAGACUCAAACCUGGAAAGUCUUCAAAACAGGAAACUUCUGGAUAAGCAGCCAUCAUUUGUGCAGGAUUGCCGGAUGGGAAGGAAGGACCUGUAUGUGGUGACGGAGGCCUUUGAAGUGACCAAGGACACUGUGCUGGAAGACAGUAGCAGCAUUGACCUGUCAGGAAAAGCGCUCAUCUCCCAGGUUGCCAAGGCUCAAGCCCAGGGACAGUGGCAAAGGGAGACAACAGAUUCAGUGCCUAUCCAAAAGGGUGCGGUGGUGGCCUACAAGAAGAAGCAACUUGUCAUUGAGAAUGACACUUGUGACUGGGAGAUCAGUUACAUCCCUCCAAUUGGAAGGAUAGAGGAACCCUUCCAGCUAGAUUUCAAGCACCUUCAAAGUGAGGUUUCUGGAAAUACAGGGCAACUGGCCAUGCUUCCAAAGGAUGUUCAAGAAGUUGUGUCCUCUAGCCUGCUGCUCAUGCUCAGUGACAGGGAGAAUCUGUAUGACCUGAUGAACAAGCUGGAACUGGAUCAGUUGGGGCAUAUGGAUGGCCCAGGUGGUGUGAUCCUAGAUCAGCUGCGACAAGACUCCAUACCCCCAUGGAUUGACUUCAGGAACCUCCUUCUUUAUCUCCUUCAAGCCCUAAUGGUGCUGAGUGACACACAGCUCAAGCUGCUGGCCCAGUCUAUGGAAAAGAGGCUCCUCCUUCAUCAACGAGAGCUGGUAAAGAGCAUCCUGCAGCCAAACUUCAAGUAUCCCUGGAACAUCCCCUUCACUCUCCAGCCUCAGCUUCUUGCCCCACUCCAGGGUGAGGGCUUGGCCAUUACUUAUGAAUUGCUCAUGGAGUGUGGUCUGAAGAUGGAGCUGAAUAAUCCCAGGUCAACUUGGGAUCUGGAAGCCAAGAUGCCCCUGUCUGCCCUUUAUGGGAGCCUGUCAUUUCUGCAGCAACUUGUAGAAGCCUAA